GAUCUCUCAACACUCGGUACAACUUGACACAAUGUCAUGCACGUGUAGAAGAUGGGAUCUAUGUGGAUUGCCUUGUAGCCAUGCAAUUGCAGCAAUUUACUCGAAAGGGUGGUCUUCAGAUGAUUAUGUGGCUGAAUGGUAUACCAAGAAGAAAUACAUGCAAGCUUAUCAAGUGAUGUUGCAUCCAAUUGCUGGUGUCUCUGAAUGGGAGCCUAUUGAGAGAAAGAUUGCUCCUCCAUUAUAUAGAAGGCAACCUGGGAGGCCCAAGAAAAACAGGACCAAAGGAUUAGGUGAAACAACACCACCUCCUGGAACUGAAAAGUUGCCAAGGAGUUUUUAUUCUCGUGUUUCAUGUGGAACCUGUAACCAAAGAGGACACAAUGCUAGGAGUUGUGCAAAAAGGAACCCGGUUAUUAAUGAAAAUGUUGGGAUGGAACAAGAAAAUGUUCAUGAACAAGUGCCUCAACAAAACCCUGUUCAAGCCGAAGCACCAAAUGAAAGACCCCAGAAAUAUGAAGCACCACUGCCCCAGGAAGAAUCAAACUUUCAAGAUGCAGAUCCUAGGUACUCUUAGACAUCAUCUAUGCCAAACUUGGACAAUCACAUCAUUAAUGAGAAUGAGAAUGUGAACCUCAAUUUUCAUGUGAACCUCAAUGUCAAUAUUAAUACCACCCAAGAAUCUAGAACUCACAAUGUGGU